GACAGUGACACUUUUGCUGCUUUUGUGUUGAUUUAUUUUGGCACGGCAAAAAGCAUUGGCCGGAGCCCGGAAUUUUAUAUUUCAUUUAAUAUAUAGUGGUAUUUCAGUGAAUUACAUGAAUAUUAUUAAUUGCUAUCUAUUGUAAGCUACAUGUAAUCCUAUUCUAUCAUUCGCUUUUCCAAACUUCAUAUAAACAGUGAAUGAAAAUGGAGUCUUUCGAAAGAGCGCACGUUGCGAUAAACAAGCCUUCAAAAAGCAGUAAGCUGUCAGAGAAUAAGAAGAAACGGUUAAAGCAAAUAUUAUUCGGAUAUAGAGCGAAUGAUAAUAAUCUUAUUCAAAGGUCUAUGGAGUUGGAAAAUGAUGACGAGGACUCUACAUCUGUAAGUGGUUAUUCCGACCUGAACCUUACUAAUUCUAGCUAUGAAGAUGAGAAUGCGGCAUUUAUUAUGAAAGAAGACUCAACUAGUAGAGUCGACAGUAAAGAUAUCAUUCCUAGUUUUGAAGAGAAAAUAUAUGAAGAUUCCACUUCUGAAUGUAGCGAAAGUUACAAAAGUAGUGAUGUUUCUUAUGAAAGCGCUCGGUCCGAUGAUAGUUACGACAAUGAAAGUAAUGAAGAUAAAUCAUGUUUUAGUGACGAGUCGAUUACUGAAGGUAAUUCAAGCAUUGGUAGUUCAGAAAGAAUUGAUUUUGAGCCUAAAGAUUGCAUAGAUGAAACAGUUUUAGAAUCUGGUACUGAUACAGAAACAUCAAUAGUGAUGAGUGGCCUUAAUUUGUCAGAGUCAGAUAUUUCAGAGUUUGAUGCUGAUAGACAGCUAGCAGCUAAGAUUCAAGAACAGUUGCAGUUAAGAAAUAAUAGGCAGAAGCAUAAAGAUAAAUAUACUAUAUUGUUAGAUGAAAAUGAUGUAGCAAACCAUUCAAUGACCAAAGAAAGGUGUAAUAAUGUACGAGCAGCAAAUAUGCUUUCUGUAAAUAAAACAGAGUCAUCAAAACAACUAAAAAAGAAAAAGCAAAAUAAAGCUAACCAUGAUGUUGUGAAAGGGCCUAUAACUGAAGAAAAAUGUAGUACUGAACAAAUUAAAAAAAUGCUUCCAAUGACUAAAGAGGAAUCAACAAGAAUAAGACACAAUAAGCAAAAUCAUAAAGAUAAAAACACUAUAUUACUAGAUUCAAAUGAAACACCGAAAGGUCCAAUAACUAAGGAAAGAUGCAGUAUUAUACAAGCAGAAAAGUUAUUUCAAAUAAAUAAAGAAGAAUCAACAAGGAUUAAAAAAAAUAAGCAAAAGCAUAAAGACAAGUACACAAUAUUAUUAGAUGCAGAGCAGAAAUAUACACAGGGACAAAAUACGACACUAGAUGAUAAAAAUACUUUAAAUCCAAUAAACAUUGAAAUGAGUGAAGAUGAUACAUCAAUAAAUAGUGAUGAAUUAAAUGAUGAUGAGCUUAAUGAAGAUUCUAUAACUAUGUCACCACCCUAUGUCUCUAUAACAGCUUCAGAUAUGUCAACUCAAAAACUAGAUGAUAUUAUUGGAGAAUACAAACAUUCAACAAUAAAGAAUUUACCAUCGGAAACAAGUGCUGUGUUUUCAACUAAUAACUCUGGCUUUUUUGUUGAAGAAGAUAUGAAUAUUGAUGUUCAGAUAGAGGAUGAUGUUAGUAGUCUUAUACCAGAGUUAGAUGAUAUACCAAGCCUUGAAGAAAUUGAUGAAGAAUUAAUGAACCUUGAUACAACAGCAGAAAGUACAACUAGGACUAUGAAUAAAAGCACUAUCGAACCAAAAACAAGCAUAGCUGACCAAUGGACAGAUUAUGAUCAAGUCGCAGAAACUUUCAAAGUUUACUAUGGCACAAAGUGUUGCAUAAUUACACUAAAACAUCCAAGCGAAUUAUUUAUUCAAGGAAAAGUUAAAAUCAGAUCUUUAGGUGGUACCAAUGAAUUAUUUGGUUGUACAUUGAAUAAAAAAAAUUGUAAUAUCUAUGCUCCAUAUUACAAUUUUGCUCAAGGGAUUAAAACUGUUGAAAAUCCAAACAAUUACUAUGGUUUAUUUGGCAAAUUGACUGCAGCAGGCCUUUCUGUCUCCGAGGCAGAAGAUAUAGUAAUAAAUAUAGGGGCAAAUGAUGGAGUCCUACUUUUACAAAAGCUUGAGUGUAGAGUGAUGGAUUUUAUAGAGAACAACUUUAGAGUAACAAAUAUGUUUAAGUGGAAUAAGACUGUUGAACCAUAUUUUAGCAAGGCCUCAGAUAUCUUGAACUGUUCACUCUUUUCAUCGAGGCCAUACAAAAGUUUUGAUGAACAUCCUAGUUGGAAGGAAGCGAAUGAACUAGCUAUGAUCAAACAAAGCCGAGGCAUAGUCUGCGGCGGUAAAGGCGUGGGCAAGUCAACCUACGUGAGAUACCAAGUCAAUAAGCUGCUAGCCAAUGGUCCAGUACUGGUGGUGGACUUGGACCCAGGGCAGAGCUUGUUCACAGUGGCCGGGAAUGUGUCUGCUACUGUGGUUACAGCACCUUUAUUUGGACCUAGCUUCACUCACUUGAGGAAACCCGAAUUAAUGCUCAACAUAGGUCUGAUCAACACAAUGGACAAUGUAAAACGAUAUGCUGCAGCUGUACAAACCCUAAUAACUUACUGCCAGAACAACAAAGCCUUUACCAACAUGCCAUGGAUUGUUAACACUAUGGGAAUGACCAUUUCCUUGGGCCUCAAGUUUAUAACUUUAAUAAUAACUCUAUUACAACCGACAUAUGUACUUCAAUAUGAAUCCGAACUGCCCAAUCAACGUUUUCGGACAUUACUAACACCAACUAGUACCAAAGAUUUGUUUGAAGAUUAUAAAAAUGAUCACUUGUUCGAAAAUGUGACUUUUCCUGAAGAUCUGGAUUACUCGUUUGUGGUAGCACAUGACACAGAUAGUCCUCAUAUGGCUAAAAGUAAAACCUUCACUUUGAAGCCUAAGGAUGAGAGAUAUUUGAGCUUCUUGGCAUAUUUCGGCCUGUUAUUAUUAAGCAGUCGUCAGGAAAGCUUGUUCACACCAUAUGAGGUCAGCCUCAAAGACUUGCGCGUCGCAACGAACGUGAUCAUAAAGAAGGAACACAUUACGAAGGUGCUCAAUGGAAAAUUGGUGGCACUGUGUCAACAGUCGGGCGAGACACGGAGCGAUAGCGGCGUGUUUACUUUGACCGAUAAACCACUACCGUGCCGCGGCCAUGGAUUGAUUCGAGGGAUCGACUGGGACAAGGAGGUGUUGUAUGUGAUAACUCCAGUUCCAGGGGAGGCCCUGGAAGGAGUGGACACCUUGUUAUAUGCAGACUGGACGCCCGAGCUGGUGUGGCACGAGAGAAGCCUGCCCGUGGGCACGGCUCUCCCGUACCGCACAGGCGCAGGGGAACAACACAAAGAACUCAUGUCCACUCCUCGCAGACGGUACACCAACCCUCUUCAGCUACUCGUCAAGAUGACAACAGGAGCAGCUCCUAAUUGAAAGCUCAGUUGAUUAGUUAAUAAAUUUGUAAUUGGAAUAGAUCCAAAAUAUCUUAAAUUAUAAAAGGAAAUCUAAUUUAUGUUAAUUUCAUGUAUAUUUCAAGAUAAUUUUGUACUUACGAUACUAAUAAAACAUAACAUAGA